UGAUAGCUUGAACUACUUGUUAAAAUACACCUGCCUGUAUAUGGUCUGUCUUUUCUCCUACUGUUUCUGAGCAGUUUUCGACUUGGAUAACCAACCCGAUUAGCUGUAACACUAACAUCACGGUCCGUGAUACUGACACGGUAGUAACAGACCAUGAGCCGCAGUCGGAACCCCCCUCCCCGGGGUCAAGGGGCAGCACGAGCCAAACAGAUGGGGCUGCUCCUUGACCUGUCCCCGGACGGAGGGAUGAAUGAUGAGGGAAAUGAUGAAGAGCUGGAGGCAGAGCUGCUGAAUCUGGUGGGAGGAGGUGGGGGAGGAGGGAGAUCACAAGGGAAGAAAGCUCCUGUUCCCAUGGCUGAAAUAGAGCGAAUGGCAGCUCUUUGUAUGAAAGACCUGGAUGACGAGGAAAUGGGGGAUGAAGAUUUGGAUGAUGAUGACCUGCUGGCAGAACUGAAUGAGGUUUUAGAGGAUGAUGAGGAACAAACUCCUGCUCCCACCCCUCCUGCCAUCACGCCGACUGCUCCCAAAGUGAGCGUCACAUCCCACUCUACUCCUGCUGCUCCUAGUGGUGCAACUGGGAUGGAGUCCCGCCUAUUGGAGCGCAUUGAAAUGUAUAAGACAGCCAUUUCCAAUGCCAAGGCUGCCGGGGAGACUAGUAAAGUUCGAAGAUAUGACCGUGGGUUUAAGACACUGCAGUCCAUGCUGACAUCUGUCAGGAAAGGAAAACCAGUCAAUGAGGAGGAGAUCCCGCCUCCUGUUGCUCUCGGUGGAAAGCCCAACGUCACAGCCGAGUCUGAACCAAUCAAGGAGCGAGAACUGCCUGAGCCCACGCUGAUGCCCUCUCCUCCCACAAAUCAGAAACCUCUAAGGGAGGCUGCACCAACAGCUCCUAAUAUGAAGCUGCACCAUCUGACCCCGCCCCAAAAACCUGCUGCUGCCAUCACCCCAGAAACACCUGCCAUCUCACCCCUCACCCCCAGCCAACCUGACGGACAGCACUCAGAGCUGAAACAGGCAGUGUUGUCCAGACAGAGGGAGUAUAAGAUGGCCGCCAUACACGCCAAACAGAGGGGCGACAUUGACCAGGCCAAACAGCACUACCUCACAUCCAAGAAGCUGGACAUGCUGGCGGAGGCACUGGACAGAGACGAACCGGUAGACCUGAGCUCACUACCUCCUCCUCCUGGAGACGUAGUAGCAGAACACUGUGCACCUCCUCCUCCUCAGUCUUCUUCUAAACCUGCUGCCCCAGCUGUUCCUGCCCCCGCCCAGGCGGCCACUGCCGUUUGUGUGCCCUGCAAAGAUCUGCCUGCUCCCAGCAGUUUGGCAGAAGCCCUGCAGCAGAGGAUGGACAUAUACAAGUCAGCAGCAGAUGGAGCCAAGAGCAAAGGAGAUGACCGUAAGGCUCGCAUGCACCAGCGCAUUGUCAAGCAAUACCAGGAUGCCAUCAGAGCUCACAAAGCUGGACGACCUGUCAACUUGUCUGAUCUACCCGUGCCACCAGGCUGUCCACCACUUCAGGGCUCAGAGGGGGGUCAGCAGAAUUUCAUGGGUGUCCUGGAAACGGCUAUAAAAAUAGCCAAUCAGGAUGCAGACGCAGAAGAUGAAGAAGAGGAUGGACAGAGAGAGGCUGCCAAGCCUGCAGUGCGUCCACCUGCUCAGAAAGCAAAGUCUCCAGCUCCUCAGGCCCCUGGAGGCUCCUCAGCUCUAAAACUGGGAACUAAAGCCCAGCAGCAAGUGGAUUUCCUGUUGCUAAGGCGACAGGCUUUUUUGCGUGCAGCGCUGCGCUCCAAACAGAUGAAGGACAUGACUGGAGCAGCACAGCACCUCAGACAUGCCAAGGGACUGGACCCCAUGAUCACAGCUGCCAAGUCCGGCCUACCUGUUGAUAUCUCCAAGAUUCCCAAUGCUCCAGUCAGUGAGGAGGACUACUCCCUGGCUCGCUCCCGUACCUCCCCUCUCUCCCCUCGCUCCAGUGAACAGUACCACGGCCUCAUGGAUCUUUUGCGGAAGCAGCACGAGAAAUGUCUGGGAUAUUCUCAACAGCUCACACUCAUGGGCAAUGUGGCUGAGGCUCUGAAGUUUGAGAAGCUUGUUGACGAGUGUAUGAAGAACAUAGAGAUACUGAAGGAUGCCCACGCAAAGGGCCAGCCAGUCCCCAAGUGCCGCACAGAGGAGAGGACCUUCAACACUAUCAAGAUCUACUCCAACCUGACACCUAAUGACCUGAUGCUGUACAUCAUCAGAGGCGUCAAUCUACCAGCUCCCUCAGGUGUCUCACCUAACGAUCUGGAUGCCAGCGUGAAGUUUGAGUUUCCUUUUCCCAGUGCGGAGGAGGCUCAGAAGGACAAAACCAGCACAGUAAAGAGCACCAACAGUCCAGAGUUUAAAGAGCAGUUCAAACUCAACAUUAACCGCGCCCACCGAGGCUUCAAACGAGUCGUCCAGUCCAAAGGCAUCAAGUUUGAAAUCAUCCACAAGGGAGGCCUCUUUAAGACAGACAAGGUAGUGGGCACUGCUCAGCUGAAGCUCGAGGCUCUAGAAAACCACUGUGACAUUAGAGAGAUCAUAGAGGUGAUGGAUGGACGUAAAGCCACAGGUGGCAAGUUGGAGGUGAGGGUGAAGAUCAGAGAGCCUUUAUCAGGAGCUGAUCUCCAGCCGGUGACAGAGAAGUGGCUGGUCCUCGAUCCUGUGUCCUCCCUUUCUCCUCCAGAGAGACAAAAGGAACGGGCCCCAUCUCCUCGGUCUAAACCCAGACAUGAAGCGAGCAGCAGGAGCAGUCAUCCCAGCAACUCUCCUCCACAGUACAAACUCCACAGCUUCAGCCUCCUCAACUAUGACCGAGAGCGGCUGGAGAGAAAGAUUGCAGAGUACCAAAAGACGCGACGGGAUUCCCCAUCUGACCUCAUCCAUCAACACAAAGAGGUGACACAUAGACUGCAGUGGCAGAAAGCACAGCUGGAACGAGCCUCUCCUGCUCUGCUGACAGAGUAUGAAAAUGUGCUGCGGCGCUUAGUCCAAGGACUCGCUGACUCUGUGAAGAAAUAUUCCAGCCAAGGCAACAGGGACGCUGCCAAGGAUAUACUAAGCAGGUUGAAGAUGGUAGAGAGUGAGCUGGAAUCGCUGAAAAGGAAACGUGCUGGAUGAGAGAAGAGUAAGGGAGUGGAGACUUGGCUGAAGUACUGUUAUCAUCCCUGUCUCUCUCUCUCUCUCUCUCUCUCUCUCUCUCUCUCUCUCUCUCUCUCUCUCUCUCUCUCUCUCUCUCUCUCAUAUAUACACACUCACCCUACAGUAGGUACUUCAAACACCUUUAGCAUGAUUCUAUGCUGCUGCAUGAACCAACCUGAUAAUUCUGUCAAUUGGUCAUAUAACUUGUGUCGCUUGUGGUUAGUCGCCUGCCACAGUAAUUAAAAAUAAAUCUAUAACUACAAAGGGACAGAGAAAUUAAAGCAAACAUUAAAAUGUGUUCAAGAGCUAAGAGCGAGGCAGGAUUAUUUGCACUUAAACAAGACAAACACUACAGAAAGCUGCUUCUGAAGUACAGCUUUACAGACCUUACCGGUACUCUUAAUUGUUUUUUUUUUUUAUUCCCAUCUUUCUUUUGAGAAUUGUUGGUAAAGAGAUCUGUCAGAAGACUUAAAGUUUUACAUUUGACACCAGCUCAGAGAGUCUUUUGGUGUCCGUAGAUGAUCAAAAAAAUGUGUGUGUGCGCACUCUGAAGUGUGUUUAACCAAUAGACUGAGGUGUUUUUAACCCCUUUUCCCAUAUUUCAUGUGUGUAAUGAGCUUUAACUAAUCUGUCUGCUCCAGUGUUCCCAGAUUACAGUAAUCUGCUCCGUUUGGAGUGGUGUGAUAUGGGAAUAAAAAAAUGGGGCUUCGGGGCACCGCAGCCUGCAUCCCAUAAUGAGGGAUUAGUGUUUGUGUCACCAAGGAGACGACUAGAUCAGACGUAGAAUCGCCUUUGGGGCUGGGGAGAGGGGGUGUUAACAGCGUGCCAUGAAUGUGGUAGGAGCUUAGCUCUGCAAAAGGAUUGCUGCUUCUUCAUCAGCUGUUUCUUUGUUGUCUUCUUCAUCUUCACUUUCUUUGCAUAUAUUCAUAGAUUAUUCAUGUCAUGAGUCAUGAGUAAUGGGCUGCUCCACUUGGAUUUUCUUACAGUAUUAAACAAUAUUAAGCCCAUUGUGCUGUCGAUUAGAAAAUAAUUAACAGCUGCUGUGUCAGUGUGCUGCUAUUUUCCACAGAUUUUGGCAUAUGCAGUUUACAAAACCAGAUUCUGUCCCACUGAGCUGUCCAGUGGCAGCACAGUUGAUGCUGAAUAGUCUGCCCACAAGAGAACCCAAUAUGUGUUAGUAAGGAUGGGUAAUUGCUCAUUUCUAUUUCUGUUACCCAUAGACAUCCCUGUCAUGGGCAUCCAUGUCACUCCUCUCUACUUCGCACUUUUUUUGACUGUGAAGUCAAGGGGGAAAAAUUGAGACGUAUCCAGUAAAACUUUAUAAGAUGUGUGACGAGUGCAGACUCGCCUUGAAAUUUGUAAUUUUGCCACAGUGACACUAUGUACAAAAGAGUAAUGUGACAAAUGUGUCCCACCGCUGCCAUGUAUUCUCUGCUCUGUUUAGUUCUCUGGACAGAUGUUUCCUCUGCGCAUUUGACAACCUGCUAACCUGACAGCAGACGGCAGCAGAUUCUGUUGUUCCACGUUGAUUGCAGGCGGCCAGAAUGUAGCAGAUUACUUCAAAUGAGCCUUACUGUAUGUUUUUAUUAUUCGAUGUGGAUGAUGUCUGUCCACUAAUAGUUUUUUGGUAACGUGACACAGCUGAGCAUCAUAUGUUUGCCCUAAUCCACCCACUGCCUCACCCUAUUAGCAAAUAAUCCUGGUUAAAGUUGACCUGGUAUGGCCCUCCAUAGUCUGUGUUGAUUUUCAUGUAACAUCAUGAGUGACCCCCCCCAUCUAUCUGGAGAGGAUAUCUUCCGACUCUUAUGGUGUUUUUGAUCAGCUGACAUUCUUUUAGAUGGACAUGGCAGUGGAAGGACAGAUGACAGAUGAACCCCUGCUUAUAGUAACAUAAUAGCCUUUAGUUUAAUAUGGGAUGGCACUUAAAAGACUAUACCAGUGUGUUUGCAAAUUUUAGCUCUUUAACUGUAGGUCAUGUACACUUUUUUGCUGACAAUUUUUCAAUGCAUGCAGCACAGUUUCAGAUUGGAUGUAUUUCCCCUACUGUUCCCGGCGGCCAUUAGUUUCCAUUUAUUUCUGUGCAGUACGAAAAUCAUUUAGCAGACUCUUGAAACUUGCUUGAGUUUGAGCCAAACAUUGGGCUCACUGAGUUGUGUAAUCCAUCACAGUAAACAUCAAGUCUGCAUUAAUGUUUGUCAAUGUCGCAUUAUGCAAUAGUGCAGUUUAAAUGCAGAUUUAUUUGAAAAGCUCUGCAUUAAAGAUUAAGAUAAUGUAACUUUGGCAAAAUUAAUGCAGACUCAAUGGAUUACACAACUCAAUUACAGGAUAAUCGGUUUUCACACUGUAUGGAAAUUAAUGGAAACCAUUCUGUUCAAACUGUUCAAAAAAGUAGGACUGCAAUUAACAUUUAUUUUUAUUAUUGACUAAUCUGCCAAUUAUAUUCUCGAUUUAUAGAUUAAUCAUUUCUUCUAUAAAAUGCCAGAAAACAGUGAUUUCAACAAUUUCCUAAAACUCAAAGCAACAGCUUCAAAUGUCUUGUUUUGUCAGACUGACACUCAGACACUAUGUCAUGAGACAAAGAAAAGCAACAAAUCCUCAUAAUUUAGAAGCUGGAUAUGUGAAAUGUUUGGUGUUUUGGAUGAAAAAGGACUUAAUCGAUUAAAUUAUUAAAUGGGUUAAUCAUCAAAUCGUUUCAUAUGUACAAAAAAUACUUCACGUUUCUUGAACACAGGGACAUGUUUUGCAGUAGGACUAUAUGUGGUUUGAAGUAAAUGGGCUAAAACAUGCAAAACCACUGGAUUGCAGAAAAUGUGUUUCUGAUUUACUAAAUCAAAUAAAAAUGGAAUGUGACCGCUUAGCUCUGCUAUAACCCCGGGUUGCACAAAAACAACUGUGCAGCACCCCUUUCUUUCACUCCAAAACCUUUAACCCCAUGUCACCUCAACCACACAAUCACACACACACACACACACUCCUGCCACAUCAGCCCACUCCUCGAGUAACCUUGUGGCCUCUGAGGCUGUCCUGUUGUCACGGCAACAAGCUCAUCAGCAUUCAGUGUGGUAGUUGGAUGGUCAGGACCCGGGGAGAGGGACAUAUUGUUAAAGUUUUUCCUGCUGGUGACUCACACUCCUUUCUCACAUUUACAAGACACACACACACUCCUCACUAUUUCUUUUUUUAAUUUGUUUGGCUCUCGUCUCUUUUCAGUCCGACUCUGUAAUCUGGCUACACUCCAUUUAAAAAGGAGAAAGUUUGGUGGAUUGUUUGUCAUUUUUGUUAAUGAUUCUGUCCUGAUCAGCAGCAGUAAAUAUAUUCAUCUGGGCUUGGGAAAAUACUAUUGUUGUUUUUUUAAGUCUGUUAAGUCAUGUAAGGGCAAUCAAUAUAAAUAUAUUAUUUAUAUACAGUAAAUAUAAAGCAUAAUAUGCUCUGUCUCUAUUUUUAAGUGUAAGUCAUGACUUGUGAAGCUCAAAGGGGGAAUGUAUGAAGGCCUGAUUGUUUAGGCUUUAUUAUCAUAUGUAUGAGGUCGGUGUUAACAUGAAUAAAAUGGUGAAACCUCUGA